CGUGGUCGCUUCGGUGUAGGACCGGUGAGAAACGGUCGGUCGCUAAUGUCUGCAACACCCGGUGUUUGAGUUGUGGGAUGGAGUUUCGUUGACAGACAGUAACGCUACGUGAAAUUUGUAUUUAGUGUCUCUGUCUACUAACGCAGCGAUAUCUAUCGGGAGCACUCCCCUGAGCAACAUGGCAGAUACUAUUAUCAUCAGGGUGCAAUCCCCAGAUGGGAUGAAGAAAAUUACUUCUACCAAGCGGGAUACAGCUACUGCUUUUUUAAAGAAGGUGGCCAAAGAGUUUGGGUUAAAUUCUAUUGGGUUUUCUGUUUACCUGAACCGCAACAAGACCGAAGAACUCCUUUCCCAGAAUAAAACUCUGAACCUGCUUAAGAUCAAGCAUGGCGACAUGCUUUAUCUGGUCCCUUCAGGAUCCCCUACCUCCUCAGGGGAGGUGAUGGACACUGCCACCCCACACUCAUCUACAUCCCUACCAUCCGUCUCAUCUUCCUCGUCCUCUUCUUCGUCCUCCAUGAUCCCCCGGUCCUUCUCAGCGCCUCAGGUCCAGGAGGACGAGAUUGAUCAGUAUCUGACCAAGCAAGACGGCAAGAUCUACAGGAACAAAGAUCCACAGCUAUGUCACCAUGGUUCUCUUGGAAAAUGUGUGCACUGUGUACCGUUAGAGCCUUUUGACGAAGACUACCUGAAUCACCUCGACCCACCAGUGAAGCACAUGUCAUUCCACGCAUACCUUCGGAAGCUGACUGGUGGAGCCGAUAAAGGGAAGUUUGCAGCUUUGGAGAACAUCAGCUGUAAGAUCAAGUCGGGCUGUGAGGGCCACCCUCCCUGGCCUGAGGGGAUCUGCACCAAGUGCCAGCCCAGUGCCCUCACACUGAGCAGACAAAAAUACAGACACGUGGACAGCAUCAUGUUUGAGAACCACACCAUCGCUGACCGCUUCUUGGACUUCUGGAGGAAGACGGGCAGUCAGAGGAUGGGAUACUUGUACGGCAGGUUCACUGAGCACAAAGACAUCCCUCUGGGCAUCAGAGCUGAGGUGGCUGCCAUCUACGAGCCACCUCAGAAUGCCAGUCAGAACAGCCUGGAGCUGGUGGAGGAUCCUAAAGCUGCAGCUGUGGAUGAAAUCGCCGCCAAACUGGGCCUGUGCAAGGUGGGCUGGAUCUUCACUGACCUGCUGUCUGAGGACACGAGGAUAGGCACUGUCCGCUACACGAGAAACAAUGACUCGCACUAUCUGAGCGCAGAGGAGUGCAUCACAGCGGGAUACUUCCAGAAUCUACAUUCAAACCCUUGCAGACUCUCUCGAGACGGCCAUUUUGGCUCUAAAUUUGUGACGGUGGUGGCAACAGGUGGUCCAGAUAACCAGGUGCACUUUGAAGGAUAUCAGGUGUCCAAUCAGUGCAUGGCUUUGGUGAGAGACGAGUGCCUACUGCCCUGCAAAGACGCCCCUGAGCUGGGCUUCGCUAAAGAGUCCACCCCCGAGCAGUACGUACCGGACGUCUUCUUCAAGGACACAGACAAGUUUGGAAACAAUGUCACGUUUCUAGCCCGGCCUCUUCCUGUGGAGUACCUUAUCAUAGAUAUAACUACCACUUUUCCAAAGGACCCCCAGUACACCUUCUGCUCUACGCAACGCUUCCCCAUUGAGAACCGUGAUAUCCUGGGAGAGACACAAAAUUUCCACAGUUUAGCAACAUACCUGUCCCAGUGCACCUCCACGGCAUUCCUGGACAUCGUGUCAGACUUCCACCUGCUCCUCUUCCUCGUCACCAAUGAAGUCAUGCCUCUGAGAGACAGCAUCGGCUUGCUACUGGAUGCAGUGAGGACCUCUGAUGAAGAUCUGGCACAGACCUGGAAGAAGUCGGAGCAGUGGGCCACCAUCGAGCAGCUGUGCAGUACUGUGGGCGGGCAGCCCUCCAGCUCUCAGGGUUACGGGGCCAUGGGCGGCUCCUCGGUCCCCGCCUCCUCCUCAGCCAUGUGGUCCUGCCUCCACUGCACCUUCAUGAACCAGCCUGGCACAGAGCACUGUGAAAUGUGCAGCCUGCCCCGCAGUUAAAAACCCCUGCCCUCCCCCCCCCCCCAUCCGCUGCCCUGAAGUCAUCCCGCCCAGCCCUCCUCUUAACUCGCCAAUGACAUCGCUGCACCAGGGCGAACUGCGAGAUUUGGAUGCCCUUUUUUGUUUUGUUUCCUUUCGCCUCGCUCUGAAGCCUUCCCAUCUCACAGGCUGCUGUUACCUGUGAAAGGGAUGCACUCGUUUACAUCGAAUUCACUGAGUUAAUAAAAUAAAACCAGACUGUGUUUUUAUUUCUGUCUCCCUCCUCACAGCGGCUCUCGUGAGUGGCGGGGCUCGUUAAGGUUUAAGCACUUUUUUUGGCUGAGGCCCCUUUCCCUCAACCCACAGCCCCCCUGAAUAAUCAGCCCCUCAAAUAAAUCCUGCUGUGACUCAAGACAACAGCAAAGACUCGAGUGUUUGGAGGUUCUCUCACAUCAGUGCCCCUCUCACUCUCACAACGUCUUCUGGAAUAUCUUGCUGUGUAUAAAUACAUAUGAGGAAUGAUACUGUUAUUUAAUUAGUGCUUUUUCUUUUUUUCUUUUUUAUCUGAUUGUAGCGAUACCUUAAAGUUUUGAAUCUUCAGCAUGGCCCCUACUCAGUCAGGUUUCUAUGGGUCCUUGUCUCUUUGACAAACCCCUUAAAGUACAAUCAUUGGUCAAAGCUCAUCCCUGAAAACUCUUAAAGAGCUCCAGACUAAGUAGAGUUUAUAUUUUCAGUGUUAAAUUACUUUGAAAAAGAAUUCCCAGAGUUGAAAAGCCGUUCACCCCUAACUCCUCCUCCAUUACCUGUUGGACUGAUGUCCCACCAACUUAAAGUGGUUCCUAAAGAUCUUUUGUUGGAAUUGCAGCUGUUGGAUUUGGUGGUUUGAACUUGAGCAGGCACAAUAUGUAGCUUAUUUUAUCAGCUGUAUGUUCUGCCUCUGAUAAAACUCCCAAGGACACCAUCCAUCGUCGUCUUCAUUAUUAUUACUGACUUGCAUUGUAUCAGCCGUGAGGUGCUUCUAGAAACAACCAUUGCUCGCCACUUUCCCCUCUGUCCGCUCCCUGCCUGUGGUUUCUUUAUCUGUUGUUUAGUGACUGGUCAAAAGGAGUCGGACCAUAACUUAAGGUCCUCCGCUGAUGGGGGCCCCGCUGGGUUUUUCCAUCCCUCAGCCUUCAAAGACUUUGCUGCUCUGAAGGGUCGCAGGUCACCACAGGGAGAAUAAGAUACCGAUCAUUUCACUUGUCUCAUGUGAUGUCGGCGCGUCACAUCUUUAGGCAGGAUGACGAUCAGUGUUUAAGAAAAUAACCUUGAAGUUAGCGUCGUCUGCUUUUGGUUGUGCAGAUAAUUGUUAGGUGAACUUUGAGCAGGAGGCUGAUGACCAGGUUGUGGUUUUCUCCACUUUGUAGAGCUUCGGUUGCCAGUGGUGUGGAAGAGGCUGAGCCUGAAAACAAUGUGAAAAGAACUUAACGCUCCUCGAUGGCGUUAGAAAGGCAAGCGGGACCAGUUCACAAUAAAUUGCAAAAAAAUACAAUUCUAAUUGUAGUUAGUCAUACAAACAGAAAAUGUUUUGUUUUAUUGUAAAUAAUUUCAGUGAACUUACUCUUGAACAUAUUAGUCAGCAGUCGGCAUAUAAGGAUAGUUUGUUAAAACGGGUUCUUUUAUUGCUUUUAUGAUCCCUUUCUUUCGUGAGACGAAUAUUGGGACCAAAACUUGUGAGAUCAUUUGAGUCGUAAAAGUUAAGCUCUGGUUGCACAUCGUGGACAUGUUAACAUCUGGCAGAACAAUGUUACUUUAAGCCGCUCCGCCUAUAUGCUCGUAGCAUUUCUAAACUGCACCCAUCCAGAGAAAUGGACCACAGUGGUACAGUCCAUACACAGCUGUGUGGGGGUCUUGGUGAGCUGGUGUGGCCACAGGAAGAAGAUUUUUAGUGCCAUCGCCUGUAGUCCCGAGGUGAACACGUCCACAUUUAAAAGCUCAACAGCAUCUCAACGCCAGUGUACUUUUGAAGAUCAUAUUUUACGUAUGUGAUCUUGACGAAUGCAAUUGAAAUUUUUCAAGUGGUCUAAAAUUGGAGAAUUGUCAACUUUUGUUUUACAGAUCAUAUGUGAAAAGUUGAUGCUAAAAACAAACAAGCUGCACAUUUUCCAUAUUUACACUUUUUGGAAUGACCAAAAAAUGAUAUAUUUUUUGCCGAUCUCUUUUAAUCCACGUCCUUGGUGUUUGCUGCUGACUCAUGCAGACUGACAACAUUCUCAAACCUUUUAUCACAACUUUCAUGUUUACCUUUUUCCCCUCAUAUCUUUGUGCACAUGAAAUAGUUUCAGUUUAUGCUAAAAUGAUGUUCCGACCGGCAGAAGCUGAGUGACUCACUAAAUCCUGUUUCUUCGGGAUUGUCGACGGGGAAAGGGGCCUCACGGUUAAGAGGGCGAGUCGAUUAUUGCAGAUUUGCUAUUUAUGAAUUUAUGAGACGUGUGCUUCUUUGUAAGAGCUUGACAGUAAUUCCAUUGAUGAAGUGAGAAUAUAUUUUUAGCUGUAGGUUAAUUUGAAAAAAAAAUGUGUGUGUUUUUCUUUGCCCGGUGAUAUCAUUCUUGCCCCCCGGUGUGAGUUCUUAAGAGCGAUUUACCUUAUGUCAUGCUAACGGGCGGCAGUGACCUUUUCCUUUUGUAUUGAUCCAGGGGCCGUUUGCUGAGCAAGCAUGCUCUUGGACUUACAGACGGUCCUCACGUUCCACUGAGCUAACGGAGGACCCUGAACGUUGUAUGCUGUUGACCUGGAUUUGAAACAAAAUAAUAAUAAAUAAAAAAACAACAACAAAAAA